UUUUUUGUUAAGAUAGUUUGUUGACUUUAGUAUAAUAUUUCUCAUUCUUAUCAAGUCAUCUAAACUGUCUACAUCAUCAUUGAUAUAAUCACUAGUAUUAGGUAAUGAUGGAAGUGAGUCUAAUAUAUUGUUACUUAGUAAAAUUUGAUUAAAUUUAAAUACAUUCCUUCAGCUUGGUACAGUUUACCCUACCACUUGCCAGGCUCAAUCUAAGAUACUACUCUAGACUCAUGUGGAUUAUAAUUUUUUUUUUGUAACUAACAAAUCCAAUUAAACUGUUAAGUCUUUCAUACACCAACAAUUUUUUCAAUAUUUUUACUUUUUCUGAUGUAACUAAAACAAAACUACCUAAUACAUUGAUUAUUGGUACCUAUGUCAAAAACAUUUUAAAAUACAUAUCUAUAUUUAUCAAACUCCGAAACAAUUUAGAUUUUUAUCUUUUUGUUGUGCAACACUACUGGCACUAGUCACUGAUUUCCUACUUUUUAGAUUGUGAGCAGAGCAAUAAAUGUAUUAAUUUUACAAGUGUUCUGUCAUAGACCAGUUUCAUCCUCCAUACAACAGCUACAAAAUUGAAGGUUCCUACAAUGUUAACCCCCAUCCUCGACAGCUCCACAGGCAUAAUAUCAGUCUUAUUAAUUCUUCAUUAUUCUUUUAAUAGGAAUACAACAAAUUCUGGCAGCGAAACACAUACAAAUCGACAAAUACCAAAUUGCUGUCUUCAAACUCGUAAUCAGUACAUGAAAAUAAAUACGAGUUGCAGAAGCCGAGAAAAUACUCUUGACGUUGUUUGUCGUAAGACGAGUGGCACUAAAAUGAGCGAUCUUCCGGGCAAUUUGAAGUCGCGUGAAGACAAUAAACCGUUCACAUGCAACAUUUGCAACAUGUCAUUCACUCAAAGUAGCCAUCUGAUUAAGCACCGGCAAACUCACCACACAGUCGUGGAGCCGUACCCAUGUGAUAUUUGUGACAAGUCGUUCCCUGAUAACAGUCAGUUGAUGAAGCACCGAAGGAACCACAUGGUAGAGAAACUGCUCUCGUGUGAUUUUUGUGACAUGACUUUCGCUCAAACCAACCAUCUGAAAAUGCACCGGCGUUCACACAUGGGUGGUAAACCGUUUCCGUGUGACAUGUGUGAGAAGGCGUUCGCUGAUAACAGUCAUCUAACAAGACACAAGCGGACUCACACAGGUGAGAAGCCUUACCCAUGUGGCGUGUGUGACAAAUCAUUUGCUGAUAGUGAUGGUCUGACGAAGCACUGGCGGUGGCACACGGGUGAAAGACCUUACCCUUGCAACAUGUGUGAAAAGUCAUAUGCUGAUAGCAGUAGCCUAACAAAGCACCGGCGGUCGCACACCGGUGAGAAGCCGUACUCGUGUGAUGUUUGCGACAAGUCCUAUUCUCAAAGCAGUCAUCUGACGAAGCACCGACGGACACACAUAACCCAUAAACCGUUUCCGUGUGAUGUGUGCUUUAAAUCGUUCACUGAUAACGAUUUUCUUACAAAACACCGGCGGACACACACUGGUGAAAAACCAUACCCGUGCGAUGAGUGUGAAAGGUCGUUCGCCCAAAGCAGCAAUCUUACAAAGCACCGCCGGACGCAUACUGGUGAAAGACCGUACCCGUGUGACAUCUGCGAUCAGUCGUUUGCUGUUAGCGCCAGCUUGACUAAGCACCGGCGGACACACACUGGCGAAAAACCGUAUCCGUGUGAAGUGUGUGACAAAUCGUUUGCUGAUAGUGGUAGUCUGACAAAGCAUCGGAGAACACACACCGGUGAAAAACCUUAUUUAUGUGACGUAUGUCAUAAGUCGUUUGCUAUUAACGGUAAUCUGACGAAGCACCGCCGGAUACAUACGGGCGAGAAACCUUACUUAUGCGAUGUGUGCGAAAAGUCGUUCGCUGAUAGCAGUGGUCUGACGAAGCACAAGCGAACUCACACGGGUGAGAAACCUUACACGUGUGACAUUUGUGAAAGGUCUUUCAGUGAUAGCGGUACUCUAAAAAAGCACCGACGAAUAAAGCACACACAACCGGAGCAGCCAAACAUUUCAAAAGAUGCCACAAUCCUGUCCGACGCAUGAUUGAGCCAACAAUUAUACUUUAGAUGUUAUAAUACUAAUAUACUAGACAUAGUUAUAUUUAUUCGAUAGUAUAGUCACAUGACUGAUGGAUACGAGAGGGGAGGAUAAAGUGAUUCUGAGAAAUUAAUAGAUUUGAUUAUUUAAUGUUCUAGUUUUUAAAAAUUUAAGUAUAUAAUAUUAUAUUGAAGAUUAAAAGCUGUUAUAGUAGCAUACGUACUGUUAAACUAGAUAUUAAUUAUGAAUAUGUUUUAAUAAGAGAUGAUUUGAUGUACAAGAGGUCGAAAGUUAUAAUUUUUAAUAAGUCCAUUAAAACCUUGUAUGUUCACAGUAAAAAUAUA